AUGUCGUUCCUGUUUAUUAACACAAAUGAGAUUCUUAAAAAAUUCCCUGAUACAGCUGAUACCUUAUUAGUAGACUGUUAUUUAUCAGACCAACCAAACUGCAGCAGCAGAGUGUUCAGAUUAUACUCACGUAUACCAAAACAUUUUCAUAGAACUUGUGAUGAAACCUUAUUCUUAUUGAGUGGGAAGGCUGAAUUUUAUAUUGGGGAUGAAAAACCACGAUACAUUGAACCUGGCGAAAUGGUUACAUUUUUCAAAAACACAGUGCAUGGUGUUAAAGCAUUGAGCGAUGAGCCAGUUGUAUUUUUGUCGUUUGACACUCCCAGAAGAAAUCCUGAUGAUGUAUGCUUCGUGAAUCCGGAAGAAACCAAGGGGGUCAAAUUCAUUUCCCACAUAGAAAAAUAA